GAUUCUUCGUCGUUCCCACGACUCUGUUGAAAGCCAGACUAUUAAUUAAUAAGACGGAGUUAUCCGAUCCGACAAUGAACAAGUGCUGUAAAAUUUGUACAUGAAUCAAGAAAUAAAAUUAAAUAUGGGUUUGAAUAGAAGCAUUGCGGGGAUGGAUCCACAGCUGGCUGCGGAGAAAGCAGUGCCAGUGAUUGGUCAAGGCUAUGAUCUCUGCAGCGACAUAAGAUUCUCCGCCUGCAAGUCUUCCACGUUGAUCGAGAUUGAUCAUAAACACACCAGGGACAUGCUCUUCCCAGUUCCAGGUUCAAUUCUUGUCCACAAUGUUCCCUCUUCCAUCAAGUGUGACAAAGGUGAACGCACAAGGUUCCAUUCCGAUGUUCUCACCUUCAACCAGAUGUCGGAGCAUUUUAACAGGCAGUUAUCUCUGUCUGGGAAGAUACCAUCGGGAGUUUUCAAUGCUAUGUUUGACAUGAGGAAGUGUUGGCCGAAGGAUGCAGCUGCAACUAAGAGCCUUGCUUUUGAUGGAUGCUUCAUAUCAUUGUACACCGUUGAAUUGGAUAGAACUAACUUAACCCUUUCCGAUCAAGUCAAGAAAGAUGUUCCUUCUUCCUGGAACCCUGCAGCUCUUGCCUCGUUCAUUGACAAGUAUGGCACCCAUGUGAUUGUUGGCGUUAAGAUGGGAGGUAAAGAUGUGGUCCACAUCAAGCAGUCAAAGAUUUUAGAUCUUCCACCCGCUGAACUGCAGAAACUACUAAAACAACUAGCUGAUGAGAGGUUUUCAGAGGAUUCAAAUCCAUCUUCCAAUGCUAAUCCUGCUCAAAUAUCAGGAAAACUGAAGGAUGAUCAUGCCAAGCUGUGGAGGCAGAACCAUUUUCCUCCUGCUGGAAGACCAGUUGUAAAAAGCCACUCCAAGAAUGAUGUUUCGGUCCGCAAGGAAGGCAUUGAUAUUCGUCAGCCUUAUAACCAGUGGCUUCAAACCAUACUACAAUCCCCCAAUGUCAUAUCAAUGUCUUUUGUUCCUAUUACUUCCUUACUCAACUCUGUUCCAGGCAAUGGAUUCUUGAGUCACGCCGUUAAUUUGUAUCUUAGAUAUAAACCUGCCAUAGAGGAUCUCCAUCAUUUUCUGGAAUUUCAGUUGCCACGGCAAUGGGCAUUAAUGUAUGGAGAUCUGCCUCUUGGAUAUGGCCACAAGCAUAAGAAAAACAUGUCUCCAUCACUUCAGUUCAGUCUCAUGGGACCCAAGCUUUAUGUUAACACUGUCAAGGUAAUUUUAUUCAAUUUAAGCAAGAAGCAUAUUAUGUUGAGGGGUUCUUUCAACAGAGAAGCAUUGUAUAAGGAGAGGGAUUUGGAAGUAGAUGAAACUAUUUCAUUCUUGAAGGAAAGGGCCUGUUUAAAAUUUUUCUCUUUAAGGAUUGCAUUCAACUAUGUUGACCAAAGGACAAAACGUCCAGCACAAAAUUUUGUGCCAUUCAACUAUGUUCUAUUUUAA